AUGGAAACUGCCCCCAUCCUCCGUCAAUUCUGCAAGAUCAUUUCGAUUGACGUCAAGCCAUCGAAGGAAAGCAUAGCAGCUGAUUAUAUGCCCCUGGAUCAAUUUCUUGUCGAUCUUAAUAACCUCAGGUCUCUGUGGAUAUACUUAGAUAUCGGGAACCCUCUGGGGGCUUUGGCCAUAUUUAAAGCCAUUCAAAAAGAGACCUUGAUUGAAAUCAACUUGUGCGCGACUCCCCAUACUUGGUCUAGCGUCCCAAACAUCAUAUCUUUCGACCAAAGCUCACCUAUUCUCGGGGAGAUACUCAAGUGGUUUACUGGACUAGAAAAGUUUGAAUUCAAUGGUCUGGAGGAAGAGAUCGACUAUUUCCCGGAGUGGAAUUACAAAAUAUUCGAACACACGCUAGAGCCGCACAAGGAUACCCUCACAAGCAUUACCAUCACCAGUAUAUCUGAUUACAGCGAUGAGUUCUUGGACUUAACGAAAUUUACAAGCCUGAUUCACGUGCGACUCCCAGUCCGAUACCUGGUUUUUCAAUGCCCCAAAAAAGCCGUUGAGGCACUACUUGCUCCUAAGAUCCAGACGAUUACUAUUGAUUUUGAUUCAGACUGGGCUGUGGGAAGCGGUCUUGAGACGGACCCAGAGGCAGACUGGAUCGUAAAAAAAGAGGACAUUGAUUGGAUAUUUGUUUUUGGUUUGAGUGUCUUCGAUGUGAAAGAUUGUGACCUUCAAGAGAUCUAUAUCUUCUUUCACCCCCUGCUAGGUGAAGGCACUCUUGACGAGGCAGAAUGGAGUAGUUGGGACUGGGAAUACCCCUGGGACCUAAUGCAGGAGACGAGCGAAGCAUUAGCAACACUUGGAAUUGCACUCACCUAUGAUGAGCACACCUUAUCGAGGGAAGAAUUUGAGGAGUGGAAGGCCGAUAGAACUAGUUUCCACUUGUACCCGGAUACGGUUUCUUGA